AUGCAGAGGAAGUGGUGUAUCGGCGAUGUAGCCAUGUCACAGUGUGUUUGUAUACAUUGUGUGACUGUAUGUGUUCCAUCUCACGUACAGAAUACAGGUGUACAUAAAACUAACAAGGCUGAAAUUGAGUGUGCCCUUCAAUUAAGGAGAAUUGGAGACAAGCUGAGUUUCCUGCAGAAACUUCUGAAUCUGAUGUACAAACUCUUCGGCUCAGGAACCUGACUGCUUC